AUGGCUCCCGGACGGACGACAAAAAGGAGAAGGGUGAGCCCACCGGAUGAAGAAGAGAACGUUUCCAAUCGCAAGGGCGACUUUUAUUCCCACGCCGCCGAAUGGGACCUCGAACAAGACUACGAGCAGCGGCCGCGCAAGCUGAACAAGAAGGAGAAGGAAAGGACCAGGCUUCCGAUUAAGACUGCGGAAGGUUUUCAGAAUGUCGAAGCAUCCGAAUCUGAGCCCGAAGACGAUGACAGUUUCCUGGCGACUGACGACGAUGACAUGGACGAGGACGGCGACGCGGAGGUAGACGAAACAGAGGAAAGCGAGGAAGAGGCGCCGAAGAUCCCAUUGAAGCAGCAGAUUAUACAAGCGAAGGAGGAAAUCGCUCGAACGGCAACGCUGAUUAACGAAGACCCCGAAGAGCAUAUUUCAUCGUUCAAGUCGCUGGCUGAGAUGGUAGACGGCGGAUCACACGUUGCGGUCAAGAAACUGGCUCUUGCAGCACAGGCAGCGAUCUACAAGGAUGUCAUCCCGGGAUACCGAAUCCGUCCGCUGAGCGAAGAGGAAGCGUCCGCGAAAGUCUCGAAAGACGUGCGCAAAUUGCGGAAUUACGAACAGUCUCUGCUGUCAGGCUACAAACAUUACAUUCAGAAGCUCUUGGCUUUUACGAAGCCUUCAAAAGAAAGGGCAGGUACUGAUAACGGGAUGAAGACUGUCGCGAUCAAUUGUGCCUGCAACCUGAUUCUAUCCGUACCGCAUUUCAAUUUCCGCGCCGAGUUACUGAGGAUCCUCGUCAAUCAGUUGGCCAGGAAGCGCGUUGAUGAUGACUUCGUCAAGUGCCGGGAUACCCUCCAGGAAGUGUUCGCUCGGGACGACGACGGAAUUGUUUCUCUUGAGGCCGUCCGCCUUCUUUCGAAAAUGAUGAAAGCCAGGGACUUUAAAAUCCACGGCAGCGUCCUGGAUACAUUCCUUCACCUCCGACUGCUCCGCGAAUUCUCUUCAAAGGGUUCAAGAGACCGAGUAGACCGCGACAAUGAGGAAGAAACUUCUGGUGGCAAGAAAAUGAAACAAAAGAAAGAAUGGCGCACGAAGCGAAACCGCAAGCUCGAAAAGGAACGCAAGGCCGUGGAAAAAGACAUGAAAGAAGCUGACGCGCUCGUCUCGCACGAGGCCCGCGACAAAAACCAAGCUGAGACUCUCAAGCUCGUCUUUGGCAUCUACUUCCGCAUCCUGAAACUCCGCGUCCCGAAUCUCAUGGGUCCUGUUCUCGAAGGUCUCGCCAAGUACGCCCACAUGAUCAACCAGGACUUCUUCGGAGAUCUCCUGGAAGCCCUCAAGGAUCUCAUCGGACAUGCCGAGGACGACGAGCUCAACGAGGUCGACGAUAACGAAGAUGAUGAACACAUCAACUCCGCCUCUUCGACAACUCGCGACUCCACCCGCGAAUCCCUCCUCUGCACCGUUACAGCCUUCGCUCUUUUGGAAGGCCAAGACGCCAGCAAAGCCGCCGCAGCUUUGCACCUCGACCUCAGCUUCUUCAUUAAACACCUCUACCGCUCCCUGUACACUCUCUCCACAAAUCCCGACGUCGAAUUCAACCCCAAUGCCUCUAACGCCCUCCGCCUCCCUGACCCUUCUUCCUCGCAACAACAGCAACAGAACGCGCAAGACCGCAAGAAAAAAGUAAAUUUCCAAACGCCCAUCGUCCUCCUCCUCCGCUGCCUCAAUGCCUCCCUCAUCUCCCGCGCAAACGGCCUCCCCCCGCCUGUUCGCCUUGCGUCUUUCGCGAAACGCCUCAUGACGACGACCCUCCAAGUUCCUGAGAAGUCAGCCCUUGCGACAUUGGCGCUGCUGAAUCAAGUAGCUAAGCAUAAUGCGCGCCGGAUUAGUUCGCUGUGGUAUAGCGAAGAGCGGAAGGGUGAUGGUUUGUUUAACCCCUACGCAACGGACUUCGAGGCGACAAAUGUGUUUGCCGGGACGAUUUGGGAAGGAGAAUUAUUGAAGUUGCAUUAUUGUCCAGAUGUUAGGGAGGCUGCUGCGGGCGUUGAGAAGAUGAUCGCUACCAGGGAUUAG